GAGCUCAACCCCAUUGAACAGUUUUGGGCUCUAGUUAAGCGUAAGGUUAGACGUCAUAGCCUGCGAGAUGCCGAAACACUUGAACAUAGAAUUGCUGAAGCUGCUCAUGAAAUUCCUAUUGAGCAUUUUAAAAACAUUAUUUCGCACUCU